GGAAAUGAGAGCAAAGGGAUGGAGCAAUUAUCCCUUUUUGACAGCCUAUUGGUGAAUAUACAGUUCCACACAAAAUACCAAGCACACACUGACUGGUGCACUGUCGUCGUUUGACAUCCAGUAACGUUAGCGGUAAUCGUGAAAGGGUGGUUGCUGAUACAUUAGGGACCAGGGCUAGCUGUGGGUCUGGUGGUGAGACUGAGCCAUACCUCCUGCCCCGCUGAAUAGUGUGUGUGUGAGAGAGGCGACUGGAGGGGGAGGCAGGUGCCAUGCUCCAGGGGUGAGGCGGGAGAGAGAGAGAGACACACACACAGGGCUCAGGGGUGGUGGGUGAGGUUGCCAAGGAGAUGAAGUUGAAACAGCGCGUGGUGUUGCUGGUUGCCGUGCUACUCCUGUUGGGGCUGGCCAAAUUCUUUCUGCUGGAUGGAGGAGAGGGGUCCGCAGCCAGUCGACGAGACCUCCGGGCCUUCCGCAAGAUGGAGGCAGGCCUGUCUCUCUCACGCGGUGACCGGCUAACACACACCCUCCAGUCUCCAUGGGAGGUGGCAAACCAAUGGGUGGGCCCCAGGGAGGUGUACCCUGAGGAGACCCCCGAGCUGGCAGCCGUCCUCUCCGCGCUGAGCACUGCCCGAGUGGAGCGGGCAGAUGUGGGCUACAAGGGCACCCAGCUCAAAGCUCUACUAAUACUGGACGGGGGGCAGAAGGUGGUCUUCAAACCCAAGAGGUAUAGUAGAGGCUAUGUGGUAGAAGGAGAGCCUUAUGCAGGUUAUGACAGACACAACGCAGAGGUGGCAGCUUUUCACCUGGACAGGAUCCUGGGUUUCAGAAGAGCACCCCUAGUGGUCGGGAGGUUUGUCAACCUGAGGACUGAGAUCAAACCUGUCGCUACGGACCAGCUACUCAGUACCUUUCUAAUGCAGGGUAAUAAUAGUUGUUUCUAUGGGAAGUGUUACUACUGUAGAGAGAGUGAACCUGCAUGUGCGGAGGGAGAUAUGAUGGAGGGAUCGGUAACUCUCUGGCUGCCAGACGUCUGGCCUCUCCAGAAACACAGACACCCCUGGGGACGCACCUACAGGGAGGGCAAACUGGCCAGGUGGGAGUAUGAUGAGAGCUACUGUGAUGCGGUGAAGAAGAUGCCUCCGUACGACGCCGGUCCCAGACUGCUGGACGUCAUAGACACAGCCAUCUUUGAUUACCUCAUCGGCAACGCCGACCGACAUCACUACGAGAGUUUCCAAGACGACGGAGGAGCCAGCAUGCUCAUCCUGCUGGAUAACGCCAAGAGUUUUGGGAAUGCAGCUCUGGAUGAAAGAAGCAUUCUGGCCCCUAUAUAUCAGUGUUGCAUGGUGCGUGUGUCUACGUGGAACAGGUUGAACCUGCUGAGAGCUGGGGCUCUGAGUUCAGCCCUAAGACAGGCCCUGACCUUUGACCCCAUUAACCCUGUCCUGGCCGAGCCCCACCUGGCUGCCCUGGACAGACGGCUGUCUGGUGUCAUAGCAACCAUCCAGCAGUGUGUGGAGUCGCUGGGCCCCGACAACACACUGAUAGAGGACCGCAUGAUCCUGCCACACCCCUAGAAAAGGACGGGAGGGAGGAAGGAGGAGGGAAAGGAUAACCUCUCGCCUCGAGGGAGAGAGGGUUGAGCCAUGGGAGGAGCUGGAUGAUCAACCCCUCCUCCUCUCACGGCCCCCCAGAAAGGAACAGGAAAUGACCCCAGCAGCAGGAAGUGACUUGAUAAAGGACUGGGUGUUGAGUCCUCUACAAACUGUUCCCGUCCACGCUAGGACCAACUCCAUACCUAACUCUUUCCUGACGUCUCCUGUCACACACACACUGUGCCAGAACCUCUCUCUCCAUCCAGUGUAAAGGAGGGAACCAAGGCCAAAGGACUCAACCCAAAGACACUCAGGAUAGCGGGGGGGGGUUCCAUUCUCCCCCUCCUAUCUGGACACAAUCCACUGGACAGACAGUGGCGAGAGAGAGACUGGCCAACUGACCAUGGGGGGGCAGGAGGGAGAUGUUGGGGUCAGUCUGAUUGUGACAAACAGAUGUGCCUGUAUCCAAAAUGGCAUCCUAUUCCCUGUAUAGUGCAAAGGCUCCAAAAGUAGUGCACUGUAUAUAGAGGGAAUUGGCUGCCAUUUCACAUCUGCUCGACGUGAGCAGUCUGACCAGUGACUACGGAUGCUAUUCCACAUAUUGCACUAGUUCUGGCCCCUGUUUCUCAGACCCAAUUCCUGGACUAAAAGCACUUUCAGUAGAGAUUCUUUAUACAUGCCAUAAAGAGAUAAAUGGAACGCAGACCGUGGGGGAUAGAAGAGGGACACUGUCAUUGGUGCCCAUUCAAAAAAUCUGAUCUAACAAAGUGGAUAUUUGUCAAUUCUCUCAUGAUGUUACACUGAAUGUAGAAAACAUUAGGAACAUCUUCCUAAAAUUGAGUUGCACCCCCUCCCCCCUCCUUUUUGCCAUCAGAACAGCGUCAAUUCGUCAUGGCAUGGACUCUACAAGGUGUCAAGUGUUCCACAGGGAUUCUGGUUAACGCCAAUGCUUCCUACAGUUGUGUCAAGUUGGCUGGAUGUCCUUUGGGUGGUGGACCAUUCUUGAUACACACGGGAAACUGUUGAACGUGAAACUUUACAGCGUUUUUGACACACACAAACCGGUGCGCCUGACCCCUACUACCAUACUACUACUACCGCCUGACCCCUACUACCAUACUACUACUACCGCCUGACCCCUACUACCAUACUACUACUACCGCCUG